UCUCAGAUGAACUUAGUAACUACAUUUGUAUUUAUAUUCAAACUUCUAAAUGCUGCCCUUCCAUAUAAAAUACUAAUUUAUUCGAAUUUGUACGGUCACAGUCAUAUUAAAGUACUGAACACGGUUGCUGAUACUUUAACAGAUGCAGGACAUAAUGUGACAAUAUUCCGCCCAAUAAUUGAAUCUAGUCAACUUGACAAAUCUUCCGUGAAAACUAAAAAUGUCAUUUAUAUUGAGCCAGAUGAGGAAGUUGUUGAAAAAAUGAGCAAAAUUGAUCAAUUUUCUGGAAGUUUGUGGACAUUCGACUCUACACACCCAUCAGCAAUGAUUGCUAAAUCAAAUGCACUUGUCGGAUUUUUUGGGACACAGUGCAAAAAAGUGAUGCGACAACAAAAAAUCUUGGACCAACUCAGAGAUGAAAACUUUGAUUUGGCAAUUACAGAGCCUGUCGACGGAUGUGCAUAUGCAAUCUUCGAGUAUCUCAAAAUCCGAGAUCAUGUUACGGUGCUUUCCUGUGUCCGUUUUGAUCAUGUUAGCGAUAUACUAGGACAACCAAUUGCACCGAGUUAUGUUCCAGGCACACAAUCAUUUUUCAACGAUCGAAUGACAAUGAAAGAACGAUUAUUAAAUUUCAUCCAAUUUUAUUAUGGUAGAUUUACGUUUGCAAACAUUUUGGAUCAAGAAUAUGAAAUGGCAAAGGAUAUUCUCGGAAUACAAAGAUCCUGGAGAGAAGUAUUGCCUGAAGCUUCAUUCAUUUUUUCGAAUCAUAUUCCAGUUCUUGAUUUUCCAUCGCCAACUUUUGAUAAAAUAAUUCCAAUCGGUGGAUUCACAGUGAAAACCAAUGAAAAAUCUCUGAAGAUUGACAAGAAAUGGGAUGCAAUUUUAAAUAUUCGAAAGAAGAAUGUUCUAAUCUCUUUUGGAUCAAAUGCUAAAUCCAAAGAUAUGCCUGAAGAGUACAAAAAAACUCUUCUCCGAGUUUUUUCAUCAAUGCCAGACACUACAUUUAUUUGGAAAUACGAAGAUCCAAAUGUAAACAUUGCAAAAAAUCUUGAUAAUGUAUUCAUUUCUUCUUGGCUGCCACAAAAUGAGCUUCUGGCAGACUCCAGGGUUACUGUAUUCGUGACACAUGGAGGAUUGGCGAGUGUGAUGGAAUUGGCAUUAAUGGGAAAACCAGCAAUCAUGAUUCCAAUUUUUGCUGAUCAAGGAAGAAAUGCUCAAAUGCUCAAGAGACACGGCGGAGCAGCUGUUCUUCAGAAAACUGACCUUUCAAAUUUUGAUUUGGUCAGAGAUACUCUCAACGAUGUAUUGACAAAGCCUAGCUACAAACUAAAUGCAAAAAAAUUAGCAGAGAUGUUGAAUAAUCAACCAACUAAUGCAAAAGAAGUUCUAGUGAAACAUGUCGAGUUUGCAGCAAGAUUUGGAAAACUUCCGAUGUUGGAUAAUUAUGGAAGGCACCAGAAUAUUGUAGAAUAUUAUUUUAUUGAUAUUCUCACUAUUAUUUUGUCUGUUCUAAUCUCAGUUUUCUAUAUUUUUGUGAGACUUUUAAGAUUUAUGUUAUCAAGAAAUCGUAGUACAAAGGAUAAGAGAGUGUAGGAUUUAACAAAUGUUUAAAAUAAACUGAACAGGUUAAUACCAAAAUC